AUGGCAGUUUCUGACACUUCCAGUGAGUCGAAAAGCCUUAUUAAGGAAAUUCGCUUCGUCGCCAGAGAACUUAGAAGUCUUCUUACAUCUUCUCCACAAGAAAGCACUCAAGUUGAUGAGUAUGACUCUUUCACUGACCUUAACCCGGCAUCAUUCGUAACUGAUGUCAUCGGUGUCACUCCAAGCAUGGCAGAAAAAAAUCCCUCAAUUACUGAUAUUACCGCUCUCAGAAACUGUAAGACAUUGGACUUGUGGAAAUUGGAGAGCCUUGCCCAGUACUCAAUGCUUCGAGCCGCUUUUGAUUCUUUCGUUCCUGUUGCAAAUGAUGUUGAAGUUCUCUCUAAAGUUUGUCAAGAACUUAUUGCGAUUUUGACCAAGGUACUCAAAUGUGUUAAUAUAGAGGAUUUUGUACAAAUAUCGGAGGGAUACAGACGUGCAUGUGAAGAAAAUGCGUACCUUGGUUUACAAAUGGCCUGUUUGAAAUGUAAAGGAUCAACCGCCAUACUCUCUCAGCCUCCCGGGAGACUCCCGAAAUCCAAAGGCAUAGGUCUCAACGAAACGGUCGUUUUUGAGGUUGUUGAGAGGAUGUGUGAUGAAAUGGAAGAAGAACGAAAUAGACUUGAGACCGAGAUCCAAAACACAAGAGAAGACCUAAAAAGAGCAAAUGAAUCCCUUGAAGUUUCGCAGAAAACCAUUUCCUAUAUUAAAUCGCAGCUGGAAUCAACUAGACUCCAAUCUCGAAGGUUAGAGAAGACAUCAGCUGAAGCAAUGGAAAUCCUUCGUGAUAUUACGUCGGAACUAGGUUCUUUUGAGCAAAAGGAAACCAUUUUUCAAACAGCUAACAAUAUUAAAGUUUGGGUGAAAGGACUGCUGAAAACGUUUCCAUGGAUUCGGUCAUGGAAAGAAUCAGAUCACCUUUUGGAAAUCCGGGACUGUCAUGUGAAUCCAUACCUUCUUCUUCACCAAAAGGAAAAAGUACUCUCAGAAAACAUGAGGUCUAUUGCUGCAGCUAGUUCUUUUAUCGAAGAUCUGGGCAUUGAAGUUAAUGAAAUCAAAUCUGAUCGCGCACGCCUUCGCAGUGAAUUAGAGAAGAAGGAACUUGCUCUCCGGAAGGUAAGUAUAUGUAACCGGUUUGUUUUUGACAACUCCUUCAUCCUAUCAUUUGUGUGGAAAUUUCCCCUUUGUUCGGGAAAUCUUCAGGAAGAAUCUGAUGAAAAAUCCGUGCAAAUCGAUCGAUAUCGUGCCACUUUCAACGCCCUCUUCGAACCAAAUACGGCAGCUAACUUCGCGAAGCAGGUGGCAGAGCAAUAUAAGCGCCAUAGGAACAAGUCGUUUACUCAGAAAACCAUUCCCAGUCACUCUAGUAGUUCGACCAGUCACGGCAUUACACCUGUUGGAUGUAUGCAAAACGAACCUCAAAAUAGAGGUAGGAUCAAAAGCCCUACUAACAGUAUGUACAAAGCGGCAUCGUCAUCUAAAUGA